CUCUGGCUAUAUUCUCUGGUCAGCGCGGCUUGCGAUAUCAGCCAUGCGCUCUGGUCUCCAGACUACGGCGACACCGUCAUCGAAGACCUUAGUCAAGCUCUUCCUGGUGUCGGAGUAAAGCAAUUCAAGACCCUAAAUCCAGGUGUUAACCCCAAUAGAAUAAUGUCUGGUGAGACUUACACUGUGCCAUCUGGCCCAGAAAUAACGAUCAUCACACCAGCUACCUGGUCCGGAAAUUGUCCUAAA